CUGGCAGUCGGGGCCCUGCACGCUUCCCUGGAGGCCUGCACCCACACGUUUCUCCAGUCCAGCCCCUGCCUGGACAGGGGCUCUGCUGCCUGUGGAUGAGCCACCGGACCUCCUCCGCCUUCAGAGCGGAGAGAAGCUUCCAUUCUUCCUCCUCCUCCUCCUCCUCCUCUUCCUCUUCGGCCUCCCGUGCCCUCCCGACCCAGGACCCACCCAUGGAGAAGGCUUUGAGCAUGUUUUCCGAGGACUUCGGCAGCUUCAUGAGACCCCACCUUGAGUCCCUGGCCUUCCCAGCCCGUCCCGGGGGACAAGGCAACAUCAAAACCCUCGGGGAUGCCUAUGAGUUUACAGUGGACAUGAGAGACUUUUCCCCUGAAGAUAUUAUUGUCACCACCUCCAACAACCACAUCGAGGUGCGGGCUGAGAAGCUGGCUGCUGAUGGCACAGUCAUGAACACCUUUGCCCACAAGUGCCAACUACCAGAGGAUGUGGACCCUACAUCGGUGACCUCGGCCCUUCGAGAGGAUGGUAGCCUCACCAUCCGGGCACGGCGUCACCCACACACGGAACAUGUCCAGCAGACCUUCCGGACGGAGAUAAAAAUCUGAGGGUCUCCCUAUCCUUGCCCUCCCCCCAUCUCCUCCUCAACUGGCCUGCUGGUGAGGUCGUCCUGACUCCUGACAAUGGCCUCCAGAACAUCUCAGUGUAGGUCCCAGUGUAGGUCCCAGUCACUCCACACACUCUUAGGCCCCAGGUGGGUCACACACACACACCCCAAAUUAGGGCCCUCCUUCCCACCCAAGGCAGUCCCAAGACCCUCUUGCUCUCACCCAGAAAAGACCUCCCUAUCUUAGUUCACAGUAGAGAGGUUGAGGUAUCAACUUGGGGAGAAGGAUGGGGACUGAGCCUCUGAGCAAAAGACAUCAACGGCGUCUCUGCAGGGCAGGGGACCAGGGACCCUCCUGGCAAGUGGAAUAUAAAGAGCUGCUGGCCUCAGUGGACUGCCUCAGGCAAGCUAGAGAGAUAGCCAUGACUGUCACCUCCCUGGGACUGCAACUCUCCAAGCCUCAAACCCAGGGCUACCUGUCUGUCACUCUGGGCCCCCAUCAGCUACCUGUGCCAGGCAAGGACGCCGGUACCCCUGCGUUUAUUAAAAAGGCACGAGGCUCCUAUCUCCAGCGGCUGGUGCCUUAGGUCGGAUUGAGUCCUCCCUUUCACAAGAGCCCUAGGCUCCUGGGUGGCUCCCCCUGCAGAGAGGGUCCCCUCCGGAAGUGGGAGCAAGAGCAGUCACGGGACUUACUAAUCCACGAAGACACACACACACACACACACACACACACACACACACACACACACACACGCCAUUGUCCUAGCCCUUAAAUACCCGUUCCCAGUGGUUGAAGCCUAAUUCAAAACACUCUAGAACUAGA